GUGGCUUUGGGGGCUUAAGCCCGGGUAGUUUUUUCAAAAGCCCCGGAUAUUUUUUUUUUAGUUAGAUGCCUUACAAACUGCAUAAAACAAAACCAACUACACACCAUACUCGACACAACGCACACAGUGCACAGUUGUAACUUACCCCUUACCCCUAACUAACCCCUAAUUUUGGUAUGAUCCGAAUCCGGGCGCGCCACUUGAGUGUUUGUGCACGGCGCGCGCACGUAGGGCAGAGACGCUGCUUAAACAAACAAACCGGUGACCUGCUGAAUGAGUCGGAUAGAGGAGCGCUCUACUUCCAAAGUACUACUACAGUACAGCGGGUGGGUAUUACGCAAAUAUGAUGAGGAAUCACAAAGUUGUGUUGAGAUUGAUGUCACGCUGCUCACCUUACCUGACACGUAUUACGUUACUUGUAUAAGUCUUUGCUAGCUCUGCCGGGGCUAAUCAUCAACGAUGCUGUGUUUUCUAGCUUACAUGUGUGUUGUCUAUGAAAUUGGAGUUAAUAAACAAUUAAUAUACUAAUAAAAUCAUUGUCGUGUUACUAAAUAGAUUGUAUAUUUUUAGUUGCUACCUGCCAUGGCUAAAUUAAGUACCAUCUAAAUCUGUUUUAGUUCUGUACUGAUAUGAAAACAACCAACCAUGGACAUCAGGGUUUUCUUUCAAAGAAAAAACACAGGUAAAUGUUAUUAUAUUAAUCAAGCUUUAUGUGUAGUUCGUUAUAUUUGUAGUAGUAGGUGAAAUAAGUGAAAUUUCAUUACAACAGUAGAUUUAUAUUGAUGUUCUUGAUGUUUGGUUUGACUGCUAGCACAAAGAGAGAGGAACAUAGAGGGAGACAAAGAGAGUGAGCAGAAUGAGAACAGCAGCACAGAGACGGAACAAGAUCCAGGUACUUGGCGUCACUGAAGGCCUGCACCGCUACCUGCAGGGAGAAAGGCUAGACAUGGGCAAAGCUGUGGAGUACAAGAUGUCAGUAGUUGAUACACUCACAAAUCUGCGCACAGAGGCUGCUGCUGAGGAAAUAUUCAAGAAGGCCAUGGAUGUUUGCAGGGACUGCAACAUCCAGAUUCCUCAGGGACCGCGGCACAAGCAGAGGAGACUCGAUGGCUUUGUGGUGGAGUCCAGCUGUGGCGCAACACCAAGUCUCACAAGCUCAGCAGAGUUUAGGUGUGAGAUAUUCUUUCCUUGUCUUGACCGAAUGUUGAAGGAACUAGCAGACAGAUUUUCAGGGGCAGGACAGAAAAUAAUGGAGGGGAUUCAGGCCUGCAAUCCAUCUUCCCCAACAUUCCUCUCUGAAGAUGCCUUAAAACCCAUUGCAGCCCACUACCAUGUGACCAUAAAGCCCGAAGAACUCCUUGUGGCAAAAAACUUCAUAAAAAGAAAAAUGGAAAAAGAGGACAUUCACAACAUUACAACAGCCUUCCACUUGCUGGAUGAGGACAUGUUUCCAACUCUGAAGGCCAUCUUUAGAAUUGCGUUAACCAUUCCUGUCAGUAGCUGCAGCUGUGAGCGUUCUUUUAGUGCCCUGCGUCGUCUCCACACAUGGCUAAGGAGAACCAUGGGACAAGAGAGGCUGAAUGAUUUGGCCAUAUUAUCUAUUGAAAAGGAAUACCUUAAUAACAUUGAACCUGAAAAUGUCAUUGAUAGGUUCGCAACACUCAAGCCUCGAAGAUACAGUCUUAUAUUGCCAAAGUAA